GGUGGGAUCUCUGCAAAGGCAGCAGCCUUCUCCAGCCUGACCUGUCGUGUUUGUUGUCUUUAAAAGAAGCGAAAAGUUUGAUUCCCUUGAUUUGCUCUGGAUUCCCUUUGAUUGAGUGCGUGAGGAAGGUUUCUGCUCCUCAGGAGGCUCGUUUGGAGGGUCCUGCGGAGCAGCGGUGGCACCGGUGGUGGUCCCCUUCUGAUGGGAGGAUGGUUGUUCUCAGGCAGUUUGGGCUGCUGCUCUGGAAGAACUACAUCCUGCAGAAACGGCAGAUCUUGGUGACAGUCAUCGAAAUCUGCCUACCGCUGCUCUUUGCCGCCAUCCUGAUAGCGCUGCGGCACCGGGUACACUCCAUCAGCCACCCCAACGCCACCGUCUAUCCCCCCGAGUCCGUGGAUGACCUGCCGGGCUUCUUCUACCGCCGGCACCCCAGCAACCCCUGGGAGCUGGCUUAUGUCCCCUCCAACAGCAGUGCCGUCAGGAGCAUCGCCGAGGCGGUGGAGAGAGCUUUACCCAUCAGCAUCAGAGCUCAGGGCUUUGCCUCGGAGCGGGACUUUGAGGAGUACGUCAAGUCGGACAACCGCUCGGGCAGCGUGCUGGCCGCUGUCGUGUUCAAGCACCGCUUCCAGCAGAGCACGGCCCCGCUGCCCCUCCAGGUCGACUAUGAGCUGCGCUUCAAGUACAGCCCGAGGAACGCGCCGCGGAGCGAGCAGACGGGUCUGAACCCCAACCUGGACCGGGACUGGCACACCAGCUACCUCUUCCCGCUCUUCCAGCUGCCCGGGCCGCGGGAGGCCAAGUUUGCUGAUGGGGGAACACCGGGCUAUAUCCGAGAAGGUUUCCUGGCGGUGCAGCACGCGGUGGACAGAGCCAUCAUACAGUACCACGCCAACGCCAGCUCCACCAGCUUGCUGGAGAACAUCACGGUGGUGGUGCAGCGCUUCCCCUACCCGGCGUACGUCAAUGACCUCUUCCUCCUCGCCAUCCAGAACCAGCUGCCCCUGCUCCUCAUGCUCAGCUUCACCUACACCUCGCUCAACAUCGUCCGUGCCGUCGUGCACGAGAAGGAGAAGAAGCUGAAGGAGUACAUGCACAUGAUGGGCCUCAGCAACUGGUUGCACUGGAGCGCCUGGUUCCUCAUGUUCUUCCUCUUCCUCCUGGUGUCCGUGUUUUUCGUCACCGUGCUCUUCUGUGUCAAGGUAAGCGAACAGGGAGCGGUGCUCACCAACAGUGACCCCACGCUGGUGUUCACCUUCCUCGCAAUCUUCUCCAUCUCCUCUAUCUCCUUCAACUUCAUGGUGAGCACCUUCUUCUCAAGAGCAAAUGUUGCGGCUGCUGCUGGCGGCUUCCUCUACUUUUUCUCCUACAUCCCUUACUUCUUCAUCUCGCCCCGCUACGACCUGAUGUCCCACAGCCAGAAGCUGGCAUCCUGCCUCAUCUCCAAUGUGGCCAUGGCCAUGGGGGCACAGCUUAUAGGCAUGUUUGAAGGAAAAGGGACUGGCAUUCAGUGGAGGGACCUCAUGAAGCCCAUCAGCGUGGACGACAACUUUACCUUAGCCCAAGUGCUGGGGAUGCUGCUCCUGGACUCGGUGCUCUACGGCGUGGUGGCCUGGUACGUGGAGGCCGUCUUUCCAGGGGAGUACGGCGUGCCUCAGCCGUGGUACUUCUUCUUGACGCCCUCGUACUGGUGCGGGCGCCCCAGGACUGUCGUGGGAAAAGAGAAGGAGGAGGAGGAGGACCCUGAGAAAGCUCUGAAGAGCCAGUACAUUGAGGAGGAACCUGCAGACCUUGUGUCAGGAAUCAAAAUAAAGCACCUUUCCAAGGUCUUCAAAGUGGGAAACAAGAUGAAAGAGGCAGUUAAGGACUUAACGGUGAACAUGUAUGAAGGGCAGAUCACUGUCCUGUUGGGACACAAUGGAGCUGGGAAGACCACCACUCUGUCCAUGCUCACAGGUCUGCACUCUCCGACGGGUGGGCAGGCGUACAUCAACGGCUACGAGAUCUCCCAGGACAUGGUCCUGAUCCGCCGCAGCCUGGGCCUGUGUCCGCAGCACGACGUCCUCUUCGACAACAUGACGGUGGAAGAGCACCUGCGCUUCUAUGCAGGGCUGAAGGGGUACCCAUCCUCCAAGUGCCCCGAGGAGAUCAACCACAUCCUGAGGAUCCUCAACCUGGAGGACAAGCGCCGCUCUCUGACCAAGGCACUCUCCGGCGGCAUGAAGCGCAAGCUCUCCAUUGGCAUCGCCCUCAUUGGGGACUCCAAGGUGGUGAUGCUGGAUGAGCCGACGUCAGGGAUGGACCCAGCCUCUCGCAGGGCCACGUGGGACCUUCUGCAGCAACAGAGGAGCAACCGCACCAUCCUGCUGACCACCCACUUCAUGGAUGAGGCUGACCUGCUGGGGGACCGCAUAGCUAUCAUGGCCAAGGGCGAGCUGCAGUGCUGCGGCUCCUCACUCUUCCUCAAGCGAAAAUAUGGGGCAGGAUAUCACAUGGUGAUGGUGAAGGAGCCCUACUGUAACCUGGGGGAGAUCUCCCGCCUCAUCUGUCACUACGUGCCCAACGCCACCAUGGAGAGCAAUGCUGGGGCAGAGCUGUCCUUCAUCCUGCCCAAGGAGAGCACGCACAGGUUUGAGGCCCUGUUCACAGAGCUGGAGCAGAAGCGAGAGGAGCUGGGCAUCGCCAGCUACGGCGCCUCGGUCACCACCAUGGAGGAAGUCUUCCUGAGGGUUGGGAAGCUUGUGGACUCCAGUAUGGAUAUCCAGGCCAUCCAGCUGCCUGCUCUCCAGUACCAGCACGAGAGACGCUCCAACGACUGGGCCAUGGAUGACUCCAGCAGCCUAAGCGGCAUGACAGAUAUGACGGAUGACAGCGGGGCGCUUAUUACGGAGGACUGCUCCAGCAUCAAGCUCAACACCGGGUUCUACCUGUGCUGCCAGCAGUUCUACGCCAUGUUCAUGAAGCGAGCCAUGUACAGCUGGCGCAACUGGAAGAUGGUGGCAGCGCAGUUCCUUGUGCCUCUGAUCUUCACUGCCUUUGCCCUCAUCGUGGCCAAGACCUUCCCGGGACCCAGGGACUCCUCCCUGCUGAGGCUGACGCUGGAGCCCUACGGUCAGACCAUUGUGCCUUUCUGUGUCUCGGCUGCCUCGGGUCUGACGCAGAGGUUGGCGGAGCAGUACGUGGAGCUGCUGGACGCCCAGCAUCAGUCACCGCUGGAGGUGCUGGGUGGCCUGGAGGAGUACCUCAUCUCAAGAGCCUCCGAGGAAGGGGGAGCCUUCAACGAGCACUACAUUGCAGCCGCCUCCUUUGAAGGAGCUGGGAAUCGCACAGCGGUCACUGCGCUCUUCAACAACCAGGCAUACCACUCCCCCGCCACGGCCCUUAUGCUGGCCGACAACGCUGUCUUCAGGGUACUGGUGGGCCCCAACGCCUCCAUCACAGUCACCAACUACCCUCAACCCCGCAACAUCACUGAGAAGGCCAAAGACCAGCUCAUGGAAGGACAGACCGGAUUCGCAAUUGCCAUCAACUUGCUGUAUGGCAUGGCCUCACUCGCCAGCACCUUCGCUCUGCUGCUGGUCAGCGAGCGGGCCAUCAAAGCCAAGCACGUCCAGUUUGUCAGUGGCGUCUACGUGGUCAACUUCUGGCUUUCCGCGCUGCUCUGGGACAUCAUCAACUUCCUCAUCCCUUGUGCUCUGAUGCUGGUGAUAUUCCAAGCCUUUGAUGUGGAAGCCUUCACCCAAGACAGCCACCUUGUUGAUGUGAUGCUGAUCUUCCUCCUUUAUGGCUGGGCCAUCAUCCCCCUCAUGUACCUCCUCAGCUUCUUCUUCUCAGUGGCAGCCACAGCCUACACCCGUCUCACCAUCUUCAACAUCCUCUCGGGCACAGCCACCUUCCUCGCGGUCACCAUCAUGAGCAUCCCAGAGCUGGGCUUGGUGGAUCUCUCCAAAACCCUGGAUAAAGUCUUUCUCGUCUUACCCAAUUACUGUUUGGGCCAAUGCAUCAGUGACUUCUACCAGAACUACGAGUUCAUUCAGUUUUGUACCUCCUCUGUUGAAGCCAUCUUCAUCUGCAAGGCAUUCAAUAUCAGUUAUCAGAUGAACUACUUUUCCUGGGAGAUGCCUGGGAUCGGACGAUACCUGACCUCCUUGACCAUCCAGGGUUUCUCCUUCCUCUUCCUCCUUUUCCUCAUUGAGACAAACCUUCUCUGGAGACUGAGAACUUUGGUCUGUGGCAUCUGCAGGCGGCGGAAAUGGGUGGCACUGCUGAACAGGGUGUCUAUGCUGCCAGAGGACCGGGACGUGGCAGAUGAGAGGAAGAAGGUUUUGGAGUCACCACCAGAACUGCUGUCAUCUCUCAGCAGCCCUCUGGUCAUCAAGGAGCUCACCAAGGUCUACGACAGCCGAGAGUCCCUGCUGGCGGUGGACAGGAUCUCCUUGGCGGUCAGCAAAGGGGAAUGCUUUGGCCUUCUUGGCUUCAACGGAGCGGGCAAAACCACCACCUUCAAGAUGCUGACUGGUGACGAGAGCAUCACAUCAGGGGAUGCCUUUGUGGAUGGCCACAGCAUUUUGGCCAACAUCAAGAAGGUCCAGCAGCGGAUCGGCUACUGCCCGCAGUUCGAUGCCCUCCUGGACCACAUGACGGGCCGCGAGACCCUGAGCAUGUACGCCCGGCUGCGGGGCAUCCCCGAGCGCUACAUCGGCAGCUGCGUGGAGAACAUGCUGAGGGGGCUGCUCCUGGAGCCCCACGCCGACAAGCUCGUGAGGACCUACAGCGGCGGUAACAAGCGGAAGCUGAGCGCUGGUAUUGCCCUCAUCGGCGGUCCCCCUGUGAUCUUCCUGGAUGAGCCCUCCACCGGCAUGGACCCCGUGGCCCGACGUUUGCUCUGGGAUGCAGUGACGCGGACGCGGGAGUGUGGCAAAUCCAUCAUCUUCACCUCCCACAGCAUGGAGGAGUGCGAGGCCCUGUGCACGCGGCUGGCCAUCAUGGUCAACGGGCAGUUCAAAUGCCUGGGCAGCCCCCAGCACCUCAAAAGCAAGUUUGGCAGCGGCUACACCUUGCUGGCCAAAACGCGGAGUGAGGAGGAGGGCGAGCUGCAGGCCUUCAAGGCCUUCGUGGAGAAGACUUUCCCAGGCAGUGUCCUGAAACACGAGCACCAGGGCAUGGUACAUUAUCACUUGACCAACAAGAACCUCAGCUGGGCACAGGUCUUCGGGGCCUUGGAGAAAGCCAAAGAGAAGUAUCGCUUGGAAGACUAUUCGGUGAGCCAGAUAUCCCUGGAGCAAGUCUUCAUGAGCUUCACUCGCUUCCAGCACUACACAGAGGACAGAGGGAAAUGAGCAGAAGCCCCCACUGGUGCCCUUCGUCAUGGACUGGCGCUGCUGCCUAUACAUAGUAUAUAGAGAGACAGUAAUUUAUAUAUCGGCGUGUCUUAAAUAAUGUAUAAAUGUAAGAAACUUUUCACUGGGGAGGGGGGAGAGGAUGGCGUUGUACCUUCUGCCGUCGGGAACGCAAGCGGUGUGUGCCGCCGCAGUGCCGGCGCGGGUCUGUGUGUGUGAGUGUGUGUGUGCAUGUGGCACUUCCACUCUCUAGCCUUCAUUCCCAUCUAUACAGCAAAAAAAAGAAAAAAAAAGCCCAAAAAGCAGGGGGAAGCCUGGAUGGGUGGAGAUGGGCGUUGGGGAUUGGGCUGGCAGAGGAGGAGCGGGAUGCUGUCCCCAACCAGCACCGUGCUCUGCCCGUCGACCCUUUUCCCUGCCCAACGCUCGCACCCAUCAGGACGCUGCUUCGUGGUCUUCGCCCGCAUGUCGACGUGUAUUGUUAGGUGGUUUGCUCGUGGUAUAACAGGAGGCUGUCAAAUAGCUUAGAUCCAAACCGUUCUUUGCUGGGUUAAUUAGGAUGCGCCGUGGUUGCCCUUAGAAGCACUUAGCGUCUAGCUGGAGAGGACAGGGCCAGCCUCCCGGCUGUCCCCUCUGCGUGGCAGGGACGAGCCUCCGUCUCCUUUAACCUCUUAGAAAACAGUGUUCCCCUCCUGCCUGCUUACCCAGGAGUGGAGGCCAGCCUGUCCCGAGGAGCUGGCACCGGCCCGGGCUGUGCAGGGGGAGCUGGCUGUGCGGUGCCGGGUGCUGGCGCUGGGCGCGAGGGAGGAUGUGUUAAUGGAAAAAUGCCCGGAGCUCAGGCCCUUGCUACAGCAUGGGAUGGGUACGGCUGCAGAACCAGAGGUCGGGCUGAAGGGUGAGAGGUGUUGCAGGGUGCCUGGGGACGCUGCUGGGCUCCAUGGGAUGGGUGAGAGGUGUCACAGGGUGCCUGGGGACACCGCUGGGCUCAUUAUUGCGUCCAUGAAAAAGGUUUAACCAGCAGCACCGCCGUGCAGUGUGCUAUGCAGCCGCAGGACUGGUUUGGAAGGCCAGCGAUGUUCUCGCUGAGCCCAUGUCCUGCCGCGCUCUCCCCUUACACCCCACGCAGCUCCGACCAGAGCAUGCCCGUCCCCUGUCCCCCUCCUCGUCCCCAGCCCCUCUGCACCACGCCGGGCUGCUCCGGCAGCAGGCAGGGAGCAAAGGCACUGUCCUGCCCUUGCCCGGCCAUGGGGGACACUGCUGGGCAUGGUGCAUUAGGCACCAGCAGUGCCCACACCGAGUCGGAGGUGGCAACUGGGAUUUCUUUUUGGCGUUUCCCAGUGGCUGGGUUGCUUUUUUGUUUGUUUGUUUGUUUUAAACCGUGUUGAUUCUUGUCUGUCCUUAACUAGUCCCUGUGUCACCUGGGGCAGUCCCCUUUGGGCCGGCUGCUCCGCGAUCAAUGCAGAGCUAUUUGCACUAUAGUAAUACACACAAUUGCACAUAACUAAAUGAAUUAGUAUUUAUGGCGAGGGGUGCUGAUUCCCUUCUAGUGAUUGCAUUGUCAGGGGUUGGGUUAUAUUUUUGGGUUGGGUUUUUGUUUUGUUCCUGUGACUGACUCAUUCUUUCCUGUUCCAUUUUUUUCCCCUUUGCCUAAUGUUGUUGUUCAAAACGAUGGUGCAUCAUGUUACUAAGAAUUUCCCUGGAUCUUAA